GAAGUGACAUUUCUUACGUAAUGAAUCAGUAACCUGGAGGAAAGAAAAAAAAGACUUUUAAAUGAAGUAAGGCCUACGGCAUGAUAAGUGAAUAACAACUCAGACUAUGAGGCUGACUUUUUGUGUCAAUCAGACAUUCAUUUAUUGUAAAGACUGAAUAAAAAUGCCAUUUAUCUAUCCGUUUUUAGGAUUUCAUGUAUACACAUGUAAACAGUUGUGUAACGGACAUGUUUUAAGAACAGUUGUGUAACGGACAUGUUUUAAGAACAGUUGUGAAACGGACAUGUUUUUAAGAACACUUUGAGAAGAGUUGUGUAAUAGACAUUCUUUAGCGCGUUUUAAAAAUAGUUAUGUUUUGUGUUCAUUGCAUGUAUUAAGGAAUGCUAUACAACUUAAUUUAAUGUGUUUUCUGUUGAAGUUUGUAUGUUUAUCUGUUGAAAACUAUUUUUAAUCGAGAAGUUAAAGCUCCUGAAGACAAUAUAAAAUAUAGAAGGAUUAUUUAAUGAGUGUGUUUACGGCAUCAAAUAGAUAAUGAAAUAAAAAACGACCAUAUCUGGAAUACUGUCUGUAGCUACAGUAAAGUAUUGACAUCUUGUAGAGUGAGGUUAUUGAUAUUUCUGUUGAACGAUUAACAUCAACCAUUCUAACAACAUUAUAACAGACCAUAUUUAAAAUCAUUUGCUGAUGUUAUACAUAGUAUGAUUGUCUCUUCUAUGGUAAUCCUUUUCAAUGUCGAUAUCACCAUCGCCUGUCAUUUGAAAUUUCACAUGGUGAUGACUCUAUUGGGAGUAAUGGAGGAAUUGUUGUUGUAUUCGUCUGCAGAAUGAUUCAUUCUUAAAAUUAGAAGUAAUUGCUGAGUAAAAACAUCAUUUGCUACUCAUAUGUAUGUUCGGUCUACAUGAUAUUUAUAAAAUGCAAUUGCCUUUACUGUGAUUUGUAAUUGCGUGUCAAAUUAAAUGUCGGUAGAAAUAGUUUUGAGGAUUCAAUAACGUAAAAUGUCGACUUUAUCGCCAUUUGAUAUUAGUGGGCUUGGCAAAGGGUUUGGAUUAUUUAGGCCAAGGCGGCCUAGUUAUACAUAUGCAACACAGACUGAACUAGCAUACUUAGGUCAAUAUGGCCGACAAAGAACAGAAAGUUACAGAUAUGCUGUUCGAAAAAGUACAAGUGACCCAGAGGAGCAGUCGGAUUUUAUUGAAGGAUUAGUAACAAACAGAAGAAAUCGAAAAGAAAGUUACUUAAAUGCACUAAAAAGUGAUGAAAAUUCGGUAACACUACAACAAGUUAGGGAACCUAUCAUAGGAAAUAACAUUCCAAAAGUAAAUGUUGAUAUUGUACCCAGACAUUCAAAAGAGCAUAUCAGUGAACUUAAAACAGUUAUUGCUGAGAGAACAUCGAAAUGCGAACCACUUUCGGUAUGCGUUUCAGAAGCACCAAAGAACGACGAAAAAGCGAAUGAAAUUAUUACUUCCGGUACACCCAUGAACAUGCAUGGUAACAAUGUUAACGAAUUACAACGAGAAACUGAAACACCCGUGUCUGAGCUAAGUAGCAAUGUGCCAUCUGUAGUGGUGUUUACAUUUAGAAAGAAUUUAGUGUUUUUAUGUAUUAGUUUUAUAAUGCUAUUUUCAGCAUUCAGAGCAAUCCAAAACUUACAGUCUUCCAUUAAUACAAAGAAUCACCUAGGCAUUAUAUCAAUGGCAUGUUUACACGGGACCAUGUUCUUGACCUGUUUGUGGGCUCCUAGCAUGAUCAACAAAGUAUCUGCUAAAUGGGCCAUUGUUUGUGGUAUGUGUAGUUUUCUGAUUUGGACCGGUGCUAAUAUCUAUCCAAAGUUUUACACACUGAUUCCCUCUGCAGUAUUCUGUGGUUGCGGACAAGGAAUACUAUGGACGGCUGAGGUUUCUUAUGUUCUAAAAUUAGCUUUUGAUUCCUCGAAAAUUACGCGUAACGGUUUAGAUAAACAAGUGUUUAGAUUUCAUGGCAUAUUUUUAGCUUGUUUUCAGACAACACAUAUUUGGGGGAACCUAUUGUCGUCAUUGAUAUUUCAGUAUUUUGAAGUACCGGCGACACUGGACCUAGAUUACGGUCAGAUGACAGAUUCAAACUAUUCUGACGUCACUAUUGACACUAAACCAUGUGGAGUUCUUUAUCCUUGUAUCAUAAUAGAAUCAGAACAGAAGACUGGUCUGGAUAGUUUUCCGGUGAUAUGGAAGCUGAUGUGUGCCUAUUUAGUAAUUGCUUUUAUGGGAUUUUGCCUUAUUUUCUUCUGCUUGGAUAGAAUUGGUGCUAGAAUAGAUCCAGAAAAAACAGGACGUCAGAUUUUUGUCCAGCACGUGACUUUGCUGACAACACACAAAACAUUUCGUCUGCUGAUUCCACUUCUUAUUUUUAGUGGCUUGCAGCAAGGAUUUGUGUUUGCUGAUUUCAAUCAGGCAUAUGUGACGUGUGCACUAGGAGAGAAGUAUGUUGGCUACUCAAUGAUUGUAAUGGGUGCUGCCAACGUGCUCGGAGCAAUAGUUGUUGCUAUCUGUGCCAAACAUAUACCGAGAGAGGUUGUGUUUGCCAUCGGUGGAAUUAUUCAUAUGGGUAUAAUGAUAGGUUUUCUUAUAUGGAUUCCAGAUCAAUCGAAGCACAUUCACUUUCUAUUAGCAGCCUCGUGGGGAGUAUGUGACGCUGUAUGGCAAACUCAAUGCAACACUUUGAUUUGUAUCACAUGUGUUGAAGAAGCGGACAUAGCGUUUGCUAAUUACAGGAUGCUUCAGGCGUUUGGAUUGAUGUUUGCCUUCUUGUCAGGAACUUUCAUGUGUGUAGAAGGAAAACUCUACAUGCUUAUGAUUGUCCUUGUAAUUGCUAUCAUGUUCUAUGUGCUAGCCGAGUAUAAAGUUAGACAAGUAGAAAAUGACGUUUUUGAUGAACCUGCGAACGAAUAAGAAUUGAUUAUAGCAAUUAUACUCUGUAAAUAACGGUAGUCAACGUUGUCUGUUUGUUCAUUUGAUGAACCAAAAAUGUAAUGAAUACCUAACACUGACAGUGUUUCGAUAUCAGCGUAUCAAGUUGUUGGCAAAUAAUAAUGUUUUGAUAGGAUUAGCUAUUCAGUAACAUCAGUGAAAAAUGUACUGAUCGGUUCAAUAUAUACCCAGAGAGCAAACAUUUGAAUAUAGGAUAACGUACAGUAUAUGGAAAAACGAAUUCGACGAGAAAAAUAGUGAUAUUUGCUUAAAAUGACACAAUUAUAUAAGUUAUCUGUAUAUCUAUAUGAUAUAAAAACAAUUGUACUCCACGUGAUUUAAAUUUGAUAUCAAUCAAGUAUGAUAAACGACCAGCAGUAUUAUAAACAGUGUACAUUUUUUUCAUCAUUUGUGCAGUCAUUGCCAUCAACUUUAUUGCUUUAAAAUGUUUUUUUUUUAUUAUAAAUCAACAAACCAUAAUUUUAGCACAACUUUAAUAGCGUUAUUGUAUCGAUAUUUUCAAUCAGUAGUCUGCGAAAAUGAAAGCUGUAAUAUUUCCUAAUUUGUGGGUUUACAAUAUUUUAUAUACAUUUAAGAGUAUUCGCUAUAGUUUCUUAUUUUUGGCAUGGCCCUUUACAAGUACACAUCAUAUUCAAUUUCAAUUCUAUACAUAACUCAUAGCCUUUAUCAUACAUUAUAUGAAAAUAAUAUAUACAACAUAUGUAAUUCUGUAGUCUAUAUAACUUACAUAUACCCAUUUAAAGUUUGAAUAUUUAGUUCACAUUCUGUACGCUUUGUAUUUCUUAAUAAAAAAAAAUGUAA